CAAGAGAGAAAAUGUUUCAAAUUGCGGGCCUCAUUGUCUUCUGUGGGCUACUGGCCCAGACCACGGUGCAGUCGGCCCCGGACGAGAACGUGCCCGUGGAUCUGACUUCGACUCUUUUAGAUCUUCCUGCAAGUUUGAUUAGUGCUCUCAGCGACAACUUGCUCUCUGGGGGUCUGUUGAACAGUCUCCAAACGCUUCCGCUCUUGGACAUCCUGAAGUCUGGAGAGAAUGCUCCCAGUGGCCUGUUGGGGGGCCUGCUUAGGAAAGCGAAUUCAGUGACCUCUCUCUUGAACAAUAUCAUUGAUUUGAAGAUUACUAAUCCCCAGCUGCUGGAACUUGGCCUUGUGCAGAACCCUGAUGACCGUCGUCUCUAUGUCACCGUCCCCCUGAGCCUGGUCAUCAAUGUGAAAACGCCCCCGGUCGGAAGUCUGUUAAAGCUGAAGGUGAAGCUAAACAUCACUGCAGAGGUCAAAGCUGUGGAAGAUGACCACGAGAAUGUCUACCUGGUCCUUGGCGACUGCACUCACUCCCCCGGCAGCCUGAAAAUCUCCCUGCUUGAUGGAUCUGGCUCCCUCCCUGCUCAAAGCCUUCUUGACAGCAUCACCAGGAUCCUGGAUAAAUCCCUUCCUGAGCUGGUGCAGGGCAAAGUCUGCCCUCUGGUCAAUGAGGCUCUCAGCCACUUGGACGUCUCCUUGGUGCAGUCCCUUGUCGAUGAGCUGAUCUCCGGCCAACUUGUCAUCAAGGUCUAAGCCUUCUGGGAAAAGGCCUGGCCUCUGCU